UUCAUCCAUUUUGCUGUGACAAUUCACUUCCUUCCCCAAAACGCGAUUUUGGUGGCAGAAGCCCCUGGGCUGAGUGGCACUGUGUCCAAGUUUCCUGUUUCUCGCCUCUCGACUUGCUUUCUAUCACCCAUAUUUGAAGAUGGCGGGACGCCAAUCUUGGAGAUUGCAUCGGUCCAAGCCAUUCAGCCGCCACGACACGAUGACCGCCAUCGUCUUCCUCGUGCUGCUCGCUGUCGCCGUCGGCCAGUGCGACGCGUUGCUCCAAGCAGCGCGUCAGGGCUUCCUUAAGCACUACAACGUGCGCCUCCGAUCCGCGCUGCCUCUCGCCGCGUAUCGGGGGGGAUUCUCGAUCUUCCCGGGGUGGACCGACGACGAGCAGGCCGGCAACGCCUCCGUGCCGGCCGCUCUCACGGCCGCGCCCACCACGCUGGCGGCGGAAGCGCGGACGAUGGUCGGGCGCGGGAUCCCCCGGCGCGCGCGGCUGAGCAUGGAGAACCCGCAGAUCCGCGCGCACGCGGACCUGCUGGAGUAUCAGCAGACCACGGUGGCCGCUUCCGUGGGGCUCUCCGCGGACCGCAUCGCAUACAGGUUCAAGUACUCGCAGAACGGCUUCUCGGCGUCCCUGACGCCGCUCCAGGCGCGGCGGCUGCGGCGGCACGCGGCGGUGGCGGCAGUGCAGGAGAGCCGCGAGGUGCAGCGGCUGACGACGGACUCGCCGACGUUCCUGGGCAUGGGGAGCAGCGGGUCGCUGUGGAGCAGCAAUGGCGGGCAGAGCAAGGCGGGCGACGGCAUGGUGAUCGCGGUUGUGGACACGGGCAUCUGGCCGGAACACCCCUCGUUCAGCGACUCGGGAUUCAGCUCGACCAAGCCGGCGGGGUGGACGGGCAAGUGCGACACGACGACUGACUUCAAGUGCAACAACAAGGUCAUCGGCGCGCGCGCCAUGUACGCCGGCUUCACUGAGAACAACGGCGCGCCCGACCUCUCCGCUGACUGGCUCUCGCCGCGCGACUCCCAAGGCCACGGCACCUGGUGUGCGGGUGCCUCGGCAGGCAACAAGGACGUGUCGAUGGCGGGCGGCAAGGCGAGCGGCAUGGCGCCGGCUGCCAGGCUGGCAAUCUACAAGGUGUUCUGGACGAAGGCGUCUGGCAGAAACACGGCCAGCACUACUGACGUCAUGGCGGCAAUAGACCAAGCAGUGGCGGACGGUGCAGAUGUCAUCUCGCUGUCACUGGGCACCAUGGAUCCCACGGCCACGUAUUUCGACGACGUGCCGCUGCUCUAUGCGAACCUGGCGGGGGUGUUUGUGGCGUUUGCUGCGGGCAACUCCGGCUCCCCCAAGGGCACCAAUUUCGACACGUACCGGCAGAUCGCCAACUUUGCACCUUUCUACCUCACCGUUGGGGCAAGCUCCAUUCUGCGCGAUGGUGCUGUUCUCCCCAAGGCCGACAACCUCUCCUCCUCCGCCAUCCUAUCCACAUACCCCAUGGCCUCCGCCGCCCCUGAGAUCGCAAGCUUCUCCUCCGCCGGCCCCCUCUGUCGCCCCUGGACGGACGCGAGCAGCGCACAAGCCACCAACAGCAUCCUAAAGCCCGACGUUGUCGGCCCUGGGGUGAAACUCUACGCCGCAGCGCCAGGAAAGACAGUGGGGGAGACUGGGACUUAUUCUCAGAAGUCCGGUACCUCCAUGGCUACGCCUCACCUGGCCGGCAUUGGGGCUCUGAUCCUGCAAAAGUACCCCACGUGGAGCCCUGCGCAGGUGAUGUCAGCAAUCAUGACGACAGCUGUCACCUCCAACACUGACGACAGCAAUAUCAAGGAUGUAGACGGCAACACGGCAACCCCCUGGGAGAUGGGCCAGGGGCAUGUGUACCCGCCCAAGGUGCUGGACCCCGGGCUCACUUAUGAUGCCCGAGCAGCCUACUACAUGAAUUUCCUUGCCGGGCAGAGCCUUAAGCAGGCCAAGCUGGAGUUUCCCAAUGCCAGGCUUGUGCGCAUGCCUCCUCGGAACCUCAACCGGGCGAGCAUCUCUGUGUCCCGGCUGAAGGGUACACUCACGGUUUCGAGGUUGGUGACCAACGUUGCUGGGUCCGAGUCAACCUACAAGGUCAAGAUCAAGGCUCCCAAGGGUGUGUCUGUUACAGUAUCGCCCAAGAAGUUCACCAUUGCAGCGGGUCAGAGGCUCAAGUACGUUGUGACCCUCACGGUAAAAACGCCUUCCAAGGACUUCCAGUUUGGGAGCCUCACCUGGAAGGAUGGUGAUGGCCACUCUGUGAGGUCGGUGCUUGCGAUCCAACCGGUUGCAACAUGAGUGUAGACGCGCUCCUUGCAGCGGUUGUUGUCAUACGAUUCAUUAGGCAUCAGUUGUAGUUGGGUGUACAAGUACAUAGAUUGGUAAUAAGCUUUAGCGGUGGUGGUGUAUUUUUUUUUUAGUGCAAUCUGAAAGCCUAUUGAGAAAGCUUGGUUGCUUGUAUUUGCAAUGGCAACUUGCUACAUUU